GUAGCGUCCGGAGGGCGGGAUGGGGCGCUACGCCACGGCGGCGGCGUAAGGGCGGGCGUGGGGACUCUGGGGCAAGGCCGGGCCGGCGGCGGAGCGGGAGGAAGGCGGCGGCGGCGGAACGGCCGUACGCCGCGGAGGAGGGAGAGAGGGAGGAGGAAGAGGAGGAGGAGGAGGAGGGGGCGAAGUUACUGCGCCCGGCGGGAAGUGCGGGGCCGCGGGCACGGCGAGAACAGCGCGGCCGCUCAGGCAGCGUGCCCCUCCAGUCCCUGCACAGCAAUCCUGCCCUGCUGCUGGUUGUGGAGAGCUGUCCAGAGCCCUCAUGGCUGGGAUCCUGCCGUGCUCCUGAGGCGCUGUGUUAUUCAGCACAGCGAGGCUGAGCGGCCGCCUUGCUUGCAGGGUUAGCAGGGCGAUAAAUCACAGCCAGAGGGGCCGAAACCUUGAGUGAAGAGUGCGAGCCGACUCAGCAGCAGACCAAGCUCUGUCUCCAGGCGAACCGAGCGCCGGCCCAUCGCCAGCCUGAUGCUGCAGGAAACGCGGAGCCUUCUGGGAGCUGUAGUUCGAGCGGCCGCUGACUGAGUGACCCAAAAUGUGAGAGCCUGGUGCAGCUGCCGCUCCUCCUGGCAGGCGCAGCGCGUUGCCAGGCUCUGUGCAGACCAUCUAGCAUGCUCCUCCGAGCGGGCCGUGCAGCUGGCGCCUGCAGCAGCCGUUCCAUUCCGGGGACGCCGGGCUGAGCUCACACCAACUGGGCAUCAUCGCACCCGCAGAGCUGAACUGUCUUGGGCUUUGGACACCUCUUCCUCUGCCUGCAUACUUAUGAAGAGUCAGUGCUGGGCAUUGAGUGCAGCUCAGCCCAACUCAGCUGAUGUGUAUGAGUUUCUUCUGGGUUAAAGUUGGGCCAGAACCUGUUUCAAGGCAGCUGAAAGAAGAACCGACCUUCCUUUCUCCAGCGAGUCGGGAUCCUUACAGCAGCCCAUGCCGCAGCGCCUCGCCUGUCCCACCCGAACUGCCUGUGCCACUGCCUUGGACCUAACCUAGGAUAAAGCUCUGCGUGGCCUGGGUAGGGGGGAACCAUGGGGAGCUCUGCCUCGUCGCUGGCCGCAGAGACGGAGUCGGACCAUGGCUUCACUAGCCCACCCUACCCAGGGCACCCAGCUGUGGGCUGGUAUAGGAGUAGUCACGGUGGUCCUGUUUGGGAAAGUGACCUUAUAACACGGCAGCAACAGAAUUUACACCACCGGCUGCGAAGCCACUCCCACUCUCCCGGCUCCAUGGCUGCCGUGCACGAGUGGUCCUGCACCCGCUGCACCUUCCUGAACCCCGUGGGCCAACGGCAGUGCUCCAUAUGCGAAGCUCCGCGCCAGAAGCCUGACCUCAACCACAUCCUGCGGCUCAGCGUGGAGGAGCAGAAGUGGGCCUGUGCCCGCUGCACCUUCAAGAACUUUUUGGGCAAAGAAACAUGCGAGGUGUGCGGCUUCACUCCGGAGCCGGGGCCCAGCGGCUCUCCCCUGCCUGUCAUCAAUGGCAUCCUGCCCAAGCCUGCAGUGCUGGUGGAGCCCAAGGGCACAGCCAAGGAGGAGGCUGCCAAGGUGGAAAGCAGCAGCGAAGAUUCAGAGGGGAAGAGUCCUGAUGAAGCAGAGCUGGAGAGUGGCUGGGCUUGCCAACGCUGCACGCUGCACAACACUCCAGUGGCCAACUCCUGCUCGGCCUGCGGCGGGCCACGCAAACUCUCCCUGCCCAAAAUCCCACCGGAGGCGCUGGUCGUCCCUGAGGUCAUCACCCCUGCUGGCUUUCACAUGGCCCCUUCCACCCCGCAGUCUUUAGUCCCCACAGAGAUCUCUGACGGUGACACCGCGGCCACUCAGGGCCCGGUGGCGAUGGAACAGGAGGCACAGAAGAUGCCGGCCUUCAGCCCCUUUUCCCCCGGGCUGCAGAACAACCCAGUGCCCCGCAGCCGGCGCGAGGUUCCCCCCCAGCUGCAGAUGCCGGGCCCCGAAGCACCGCAGCCUGGGGCUCAGGGCACUGCGGGGCAGAAGGGCUCCCCACAGGGCCAGGCCAGGGCCGCGCCGGCUGCUCGCCUUCAGGAGCUGCUGUCUAACAAGCGACUGAGCGUGCUGGAGGAGGAGAUGGAUGUCAGCCCGUCCCACUGGAAGUGCAGCACCUGCUCCCUGCUCAACUCCGCCGGGACUGGCAAAUGCGAGGCCUGCAGCACCCAGAAAGGCAGCGACACCAUCAAUUUAGUGGGGGACUCGGUGAGGUUCACCCCCUGUAGCCCCUCCAGCCCUGACUUCACCACCUGGUCCUGUUCGAAGUGCACCCUCAAGAACCCCACCGCAGCCCAGAAGUGCAAAGUCUGUGGUUCCUCCAAGCUGCACGGCUUCCAGGAGCACAGCCCACAGGGUGAGCCAUCCCCCCGCUGCCCCGAGUGUGGGGCUGGUGAGAAGGGCAGCUGCUCCUCCUGUGGCACCAAGGCACCCUCCGCUCGCAAGGUCGCCCGUCUCUUCCCAUCCCAGCUGCCUGGUGCUCAGGACCGGCCGGGCCAGUGGGCUUGUCCUGCGUGCACCCUGCUCAAUGAGCUGAAAGCCAAGCACUGCGUGGCCUGCCAUACCCCGCAGCAGUACGUGGCCCAGCGCAAGGGACUCAAGCCCCUCAAAAGGAGGGAGAGCAUGCACGUGGAAAAGAGGAGGCAGACAGACGAAGGAGAAGCCAAGGCUCUGUGGGAGAACAUUGUGACCUUCUGCAGGGAGAACAAAGUCAAUUUUGUAGAUGACAGUUUCCACCCUGGGCCCAAGUCUGUGGGAUUCCCAGAAGGUGACAGCGUGCAGCAGAGGGUGAAGCAGUGGUUGCGGCCCCACGAAAUCAACUGCAACAUCUUCAAAGACCGAUCGGUGAAGUGGUCGGUGUUCCGGACACCCAGACCCUCGGAUAUCCUUCAGGGACUGCUGGGAAACUGCUGGUUCCUGAGCGCCCUGGCCGUUCUGGCUGAGCGACCAGAGCUGGUGGAGAGGGUGAUGAUCACACGGACGCUGUGCCCUGAAGGCGCCUACCAGGUGCGGCUCUGCAAGGAUGGCACGUGGACCACAGUGCUGGUGGACGACAUGCUGCCCUGCGAUGAGUGCGGGUACCUCCUCUUCUCACAGGCCCAGAGGAAGCAGCUGUGGGUCGCGCUCAUUGAGAAGGCCCUGGCCAAGCUUCAUGGUUCGUACUUUGCCCUCCAGGCAGGGCGUGCUAUUGAAGGCCUGGCUACACUAACCGGCGCCCCCUGCGAGAGCCUGAUGCUGCAGGUCAGCUCCACUAACCCUCGCGAGGAGCCCAUUGACACUGACCUCAUCUGGGCCAAAAUGCUGAGUUCUAAGGAGGCUGGGUUCCUUAUGGGUGCAUCCUGUGGUGGGGGCAACAUGAAAGUGGACGAUGUGGCCUAUGAGAGCAUGGGGCUCCGUCCACGGCAUGCCUACUCCAUCCUGGACGUGCGGGAUGUCCAAGGCUUCAGGUUACUGCGGCUCCGAAACCCGUGGGGUCGCUUCUCUUGGAAUGGCAGCUGGUCUGAUGAGUGGCCCCACUGGCCUGCUCCCCUGCGCCACGACCUGAUGCCCCAUGGCAGCAGUGAGGGGGUCUUCUGGAUGGAGUACAGCGACUUCAUCAAGUAUUUUGACUCCGUGGAUAUCUGCAAGCUCCAUUCAGACUGGCACGAGGUGCGUGUGCAGGGCAUGUUCCCCAACAAGGCCAAUGGACCAGUGACAGUGACAUCGCUGACAGUGUUGGAGCGUGCUGCCCUGGAGUUUGCCCUCUUCCAGGAGGGCAGCAGGCGGUCGGAUGCUGUGGACAGCCACUUGCUGGAUCUGUGCAUCAUGGUUUUCCGAGCCACCUUCACUAGCGGCAACAAGCUGAGCCUCGGCCGCUUGAUGGCUCACAGCAAACGAGCCGUCAAGAAGUUCGUCAACUGCGACGUGAUGCUGGAGCCGGGCGAGUACGCCGUGGUGUGCUGUGCCUUCAACCACUGGAGCGCUGCGCUGGCGGGCCCCGCUGCCGCCCAGGCAUCCAGUCCCACCAGCAGCCGGCCGGCCACCGAUUACUCCAGCUACAUCCUGGCCAUCUACAGCUCCCGCCUGGUGAUGGUGGAGCAGGUGGAGGCGCAGCCCACCACGCUGGCAGAUGCCAUCAUCCUGCUGACUGAGAACAAGGGCGAGCGCCAUGAGGGCCGUGAGGGGAUGACAUGCUACUACUUGACGCACGGCUGGGCAGGGCUCAUCGUGGUGGUGGAGAACCGGCACCCCAAAUCCUACCUGCACGUCCAGUGUGACUGCACCGACAGCUUCAAUGUCGUCUCCACGCGUGGCAGCCUCAAAACACAGGACAGCGUCCCUCCCCUGCACAGGCAGGUGCUGGUGAUCCUCUCCCAGCUGGAGGGUAACGCCGGCUUCUCCAUCACCCACCGCCUGGCGCACCGCAAAGCCACCCAGGCCUUCCUCAACGACUGGAUGUCCACAAAAGGCACCCACAACCCGCUGCUCACACCCGAGGUUGCCGGACUCCACGGACCCCGACCUCUAUGACGAAGCGCCGCUCCUGCCCCGCUCCUCUCUCCCGUUGCUUUCAGCGAGCCUCCAGCCCAGGGUUUCCCCCCGUGCUGCCAGCACUGAGCCGUGGGGCAGGGCGGGAGCGUGGCACCGAGCACUUUGCCCUGUGCCACGGGGCUGGGACAAACUCUCAGGGCCGGGACCAGCUCUGCCCGCUGCCCCCCCACGCACUUUACGAGGAGCAGUCGGGGGGCACGGGGCCAUCUCAGGAUCCCACCCGCUUUGGGCACACGGCGUGGUAGCAGGGGGCUGCAGUAGACGUGGGGGCUGGAGGUGGCAGUCAGCGUCCUUGCCAGGCACCACGCUCAGGGCUCUGCCCCGUCCUGCAGCACCGGGGCCCUGGUGCUCCAAAAAGAAUAUACCUCUGACGUCUGUCCGUCUGUGUGACCCUCUGUCUUGUCUCCUCUGUUGUCUGCUGCCAGGACUGAGUGGGCACUGAGGUACUGCGGCUGCCGGGGUUGUCCCCACGCGUUGGGGCCGGGAUGGAGAAGGCGCAGGGCUGUUGCAGAAAGCUGCUGCUGCUGGUUUUCACCACACUUCGGGGCGAAACGAGGAUGUAAACCUCAGUUCCAGGGUGGGGAGCAGGGCUGCAGGGUGCUGCUCCGUCCCCCCCAAGCCAUCGCAGUGUUACUAUGCAAAGGCGGCCGCUGGAAGCAGCGCCUGGAGAGAAGCCAUGCGUCCCCUCCCCGCGCCCUGCGGGGUGCACGGGGCAGUGGCACGGGGCACUGGGGACAGAGCUGGGCUCUGGGGAGCAGCUCCUGCAGCGUGGCUUUGCUGGGGAGAGGGGCGGUGAUUCCGUAGGCCGAUGGUGAGCCCCGUCCAUUGGAGGGACAGCAGUCAGCACAAGGCAAAGGCCGAGAGCUGUGGGGGGCCACUGGGGUUCCAUGUUGGGGUGACCCUACGGCCGGCUGGCUGCACACAGCUGGGUGUGUGUGUGUGGCUGUGGGUGUGUGUGUGUUGUGGGGGAGCUGCUCUGGGGCAGCCUGCAGCAGUGGGGAUGUGUGGGUGCGGGGUUUGUCCCUCUGUCCCUCCCGGCCCCGAGGGCUGGGGCUGCUGAGCCAAGCUCUGUCUGUGUGUCUGUUUGUCGCUCUGUUCUCUCUUCCCCCGCACCUUCCUCCUCGGGAUGAUUUGUCCUUCACUUUUUCUCUCCGUCUUUCUGAGCUGUGAAUAUUUUUAACCCUGUAAAUACUGUCCAGCUCUUAAGAAACAUAGGAUAUUUUAUCAAUUGUAAAUCAGAUCAGUAAUCCCUGUAUGAUAUGAAUUAUCCAUGGGUGGUUUUCAAACUCAGGUUCUGACGGACCAAAUAAAGUUUUGUUUUUUACUGAA